UGUCACGUUUGUUAAUCAAAUUCCCCGCCCACCUCACCUCACCACUAAUCUAAUCUUUUCAUCUCAUUCUUCCAGGCUGAGCUCUCUUCCCUUCAUCUAUCCUGUCUUUUCUCUUCCGUCCCUAUCUUUUCUGUCUUUUCUCUCAGUCUCUCUUCUACUCCCACCUCCUCACCACCAACUCUAGCUCGCCCCUGUCAGUUGCUAAGAUGACUGCCGUGACAAUUCAAUGAGAGGAGAGGACGCAGAGUGAAGUGUCCACCACUUGCUGAGAAGGAGCGACGGAGUGCUCAAGGUAAAAAAAAAAAAAGAGAGAGAAGAAAAAAGAGGAGGUGAGAAGUGUUAAGAAGAGAGGAAGUGGCAGAGGAGCAAGGGAAGGGGAAGACGGUGAGAAAAGAGAAGGACAAACGGUGGAUGGAGGCGGCUCGGACCGGGGAUACGGAGAGCUCUUCAACAACGAAGAAGAACAGCAGCAGCAGGGGGGAGAGGACAUGGAGACUAAAGGGAGAAACAUGCCCCCAGACAUCAGUUUCCUUCCCCGUCCAGCGAUGGUUUGGUGUGAACGAGGCAUCCAGGUGUUGCUGACCACCAUGGGAGCUUUUGCCGCUUUUGCCCUCAUGACAGUGGCCAUUGGGACGGAUUACUGGCUGUAUGCCCGGGCCUUCAUCUGCAAUAGCACAGCUAACUCAACCCAGGAGGACUCCAACAAUAAGGACAAGAAAGACCCCGGGGCUCUUACCCACUCCGGCCUCUGGAGGAUCUGCUGCCUGGAAGGCUUGAAGAGAGGUGUUUGUUCACAGAUCAAUCAUUUCCCAGACGACGCAGACUAUGACCAAGAUGCUGCAGAGUAUCUGCUGCGUGUGGUUAGAGCUUCCAGCAUCUUCCCCAUCCUUAGUGCCAUAUUGCUUCUCCUGGGUGGAGUGUGCGUUGCCUCCAGCGGCUUUUACAAGAGCAAAAGGAACAUUAUUCUUGGUGGAGGGAUACUUUUUGUAGCAGCAGGCCUCAGCAACAUCAUCGGAGUGAUUGUGUACAUCUCAGCAGCACUGAGCGACAUCUCCCCAAAGAAAGAUGAGGAUAAGAAGUGGCAUUACUCUUAUGGCUGGUCAUUCUACUUUGGCGGCCUGUCCUUUAUCCUGGCUGAAAUGGUAGGCGUCUUGGCGGUUAACAUCUACAUAGAGAAGAACAAAGAGCUGCGCUGCCGCUCUCGCACCGACCUCUUCAAGAGCACCACUCACGCCAUGCUCCGUCUGCCCAGCUAUCGUUUUAGACGGCGCUCUCGUUCCAGCUCACGCUCCACCGACCCGCCUCGUUCGCAGGAGAACUCGCCCGUCGGAGCUUCUAAGACCUUCACCCUGCCACCAUCUGCCCCGCCAUUCUCUGUGGCCACUCUGCCCAACCCACACCACACCAGCAGUGGAGGGAGCGGCGGGGGCGGUGACAUCUCCAUGUACACCCUGUCAAGGGACUCCAAGCUGGGCAGCCUUGGAGGAGGCGCCCCUCCGCUCUACGGCACAGUGGACCGAGCCACGCUCUACCAGCUCCACAACUACUUCCCAAAAGAUUCGAGUGGCAGCGGGGGUGGAGCAGGUGGAGGUGCAGUGAUAAGCAGCGGUACACUCCCAUCCCUCUCUAAGUCCAACUUAGCAGCGGCAGCGGCAGCUGUAGCCCAGAAUGCAGCACCGCUUAAUACGUCCACAUCCGCUGCUGCACCUGCCCAGGCAGCCCCUAUAUCCACAGCUACUAUGGAGAGGGACAGGGGAAACGUGGGAACCCUGGACCGACUGACAGCCAAAAGAGACAGGGAUAGCAACUCAGAUACGCUUAACAGGAAAACUACGCCAGUUUAAAAUUAACCUCAAAGAGUAGGGGUUGAGGGCAAAGGGAAGAUAAUGGGAGGGGGAACAGUAGGGCUGAAAUGUGUAGGAAACAUCUCAACAGUAAUGUUAAUGUCAUUGAGCCUGGGGUAUCUCGCAGCCAUAGAUACAACUAUUAUCAUAAACAGUCAUGAAACACCCAAUGCCAUGUGCAAGUACUUUACCUCUGCCUUAAACACUUGUUUGUGUGCUUUGAUUGUGCAGCGAUGGAAUCAGUGUAUUAGAAAAUUUUUACGUUUACAUUUUGGUUUCUGAGUCUCCGUUCGAAUGACAUGUUAAACAAAAAUCAUACUUUGCUAUGUGUAGAUAUCUGUUUUGAACCUAAAUUCUGAGGCAUAUUUUCUUUCUUCCAAACACAAAAUCCUUAUUUUGAGACAUUCUUUAACAGUCAACACAC